AUGCCGAACACACCAUCGGCCACCGCCUCGAGCUCAAGAGACGCCUCAAUACAUCCCUCGAUCCCUUCCCACAACAGCAACGACGACUCUGCUGCAACUCUCACCACCACCGACGAUGACUUCACAACACGAGCCGUGCUGGCAGGCCUGCUCAUCGGCUGCCUACUCGCAUUCACCAACCUCUACCUCGGCCUCCAGUCUGGUUGGAUCAGCAUGAUGUCGCUGCAGAGCUCCCUACUCGGCUUCGCGCUUUUUCGCAUCUUUCCUCGACAACUCAAUCUUGCAGGUCGACGCUUUGCUCUCAUGACAACGCCCUUCACGCCCCAGGAAAACGUGCUGGUUCAGACGACGGCGGCAGCGGUUGGGGUGAUGCCGCUCUCGGCGGGACUGGUGGGCGUCAUCCCUGCACUCAAGAAGUUGACUCUGGACAAGGAUGGAAGCGGCCCGAUCGAUCUGGACUUCCUACAUCUGCUGGGUUGGUGCUUUGCGUUGGCCUACUUUGGCGUCUUCUUCGCUUCACCGCUGAGGGAGCCGAUGAUUGUCAAGGAGAAGCUUACGUUUCCAAGCGGGACAGCGACGGCGCAGCUGAUCGGCGUGUUGCAUAACAAGCCGCUGGUCGGGCAGAGUACUUCUGCGAUACCACAGAGGCGAAACCAUGCCGACCACGAAUAUGCAGAAGAGAGCGACGAACGCACCGCGCUGCUGAGCGAACAAGCUCGCAACGACACCGAUGUCGAUGAUGAAAGCAACCGAAAUACGGUCGACAGUGCACAAGGGUGGAGAGCGCUAGCGUGGUCCUUCUCCGGCUCGGCAGGAUUCACCGUCUUGUCGUACUACGUUCCCGUACUGUACGCGAUGCCCUUGUUCGACGUCAUCCCUCCGCACAACCUCGCCUCGAUGUGGGGGUUCUGGUUCACGCCUUCGCUCAACUACAUCGGCCAGGGCAUCAUCAUGGGACUGCCUACAACGGUGAGCAUGACGGCAGGUGCCAUCGUCGGGUGGGCAGUGCUGAGCCCGCUGGCGUACUAUCAAGGCUGGGCAAAAGGCCAUCCGCUGGACUCGGAAGACGGCAGCAAGGGCUGGAUCCUGUGGAUCAGCUUGGCCAUCAUGUGUUCGGAGAGCAUCGUUGGCCUGAUCACAUUGGUAGCCAGUAACGGUAUCCGUGACCUGAAAAGCUUGACAACAGCCAGCAGGCAGCGGCGACAGCAUCUUGACGGCAUCGGUGGGAACGAUGCUGAGCAAGACGAGGCAGAUUCUGACCACGAAUCGCCGCAUCGGAAUACUCCCAAGACGUGGGUGAUCAGCGGUCUGAUAGGCUCUACGCUGGUAGCUGUGGUGCUCAUCUACCUCUCGUUUGGCGCAGAAGGCAUCUCGCCAUGGGCGACGUUGCUAGGCAUCGUACUGGCAUCAUUGUUUGCCAUUUUGGGUGUUCGUGCGCUCGGCGAGACGGACCUGAACCCCGUAUCAGGGAUCGGCAAGAUCUCGCAGCUCAUCUUUGCGGUGGUUCAGCCCGGCAACGUCGUCGCCAACCUGAUCGCGGGUGGUAUCUCGGAAGCUGGUGCGAUGCAAGCCGGCGACCUGAUGCAGGACUACAAGACGGGGCAUCUGGUCGGUGCCUCGCCGAGAUCGCAAUUCAAAGGGCAGCUGAUCGGAAGCACGCUUGGCAUCUUGAUAAGCAGCUUCGCGUAUAAGCUGUAUACGAAUGCCUAUGAGAUUCCGGGCCCGCAAUUCCCUGCUCCGACGGCGGCAGUAUGGCUCAACCUGGCGAGACUGGUGAAUCAUGGACACUUGCCGGAAAAAGUCAACGUGUUCAUGAUCGGGUUCGGAGCGGUGUUUGCGGUGACGGGAGUGAUCAAGACGCUGGCACGAAGCAAGGCGUUGCGCCAGGAGGGGCAGGUGGGGACAAGUGCCGCUGCCAAAGUGGCCAAGCUGGUGCCGAGCGGCAUCGCAUUUGCUGUUGGGAUGCUCAAUACGCCCAACUUUUCACUGGCUCGUCUGGUGGGUGGACUGAUCGCGCACUGGUACUACUCGAGACUGAACUCGACUUCGAGCAAAGCGGCAUCAGCGAUGACAGGCAUCGGCAUCAUUAUCGUGGCGAGUGGAUUCGUGCUGGGUGAAGGGGCAGCGAGUAUCGUGACGCUGCUGCUGAAGCAGAAUGGUGCUCAAGCGUGGACUUGUGCGGGAUGCCGAGGAGGAUGUGCUGGCGGAUGCUCGUAG